AAAGUUGCUCCUGGGCCGAUCGACAGCUUCCUGUCGUUCGAGCAUCGUACAUAGUACAGAGCUUGUUUGCCCACCCCCCGUGAUAUCCGCCUGGACGCCUUCCCCCGCCUUCAUCAACCCACCGAAGACGUCCCACUGCUCACCCGCAUCGAGACCAUUUCUUCGACUCUCGAGCGUCGAAGCAUCUUCCCGUCCUGAUCAAAGAAUUACUAUAAUUUGUCUGGGGACCUGACACCCGAUGUCAACAUUGCCACCCCUGGGAUAGUGAGCCUCCAGCUUGCGCUGACGUCCCAAUCGAAAACAUAAUCAUUCAAACCUUCCGAGUUCAUUCCAACCUCCGAUUCAAAGUUGCCUUCUAUUCAUGCUGCCAAGAUGGUUCUCACACAUACAACCAAUGAUACCUAUUCGCACCCCUUUCCGACCGUGACCCUCGCCUACUUCCUCCGCUACUGCUCACCCCAGCUCAAUCCAUUUGCCAAACAUGUCUUGAGCACCGACACCAUCUCCUCCCACCUCGACCCCGAGACGGGCCGGCUCCACACGACUCGCAUCCAUCUCAAGAAAUCCCGUCUGCCGCCCACCAUCUUCAAAUUGCUGCCGACAAGCCUUACCGGCACGGCAGGCGACAAGGCAUCGUACAUACUCGAGAACAGCGUCGUGGACAUACGAGAAGGGUGGAUGCAGACCGAGAGCCGGAACCUCAACUUUGUCGGCGUCUUGUCCGUUGUCGAGAAGCAGCUCUACACGCUCCCGAAGGCGGCCCCAGCACCGAAUACCGGGACGACAAACGUCACCACCACAGUCGUCUUCCGGUCGCGUCUCGGAGAACGCAUCCGCGGGCGGCUGGGUCAGGCACAGGGACAGCAGCAGACGCAGCCGGACGAAGGCGGCUUCUUCUCCAGACUGGGGACCCGCGGCAUCCAACGGAGCAUCGAGUCCCUGGCGUCGACCAAGACGCAGGACCAGCUUGGCAAGAGUCGCGAAGGGAUGCGCAUCAUCCUGGAGAGGCUCCGCCACAGCGGCGUCAUGGACAUCUUGGAGCUCAGGAGGAGGUCGAUGGCGGGGGCCAUGGAGGUGGCUUGAAGGAAUUCCGUCACCCGCCUUGGCCCUGGCCCUGCUUGGUAACUUGGCAAAGCAACAGCGGAUUGGACUCCUGGCUUCCCCGAAAACGCAGUCGACUGGCUUGAAUCUUCUUUGUUGAUCCGACUCUGCGCCAUCCACCUCGCACCGCUCGUUGGCAUGAAUACAUUGGAACCUUGGGAGCAGAAGUGGGAAAAGGGGAGGCAUCACCAUCUUUUUGUACAGUAUUGUGUGAAUGCUUCUAGCAAGGCGUUGAAUCACGGGGGGAGGAAGCCUUGAGAGGCUCGCGUGCCACGGAGUUUUAGUGAUGAUUAUUUUGGACAUUUUUGUUUGAAGGAGGUAUUCUUAGGGGCGUUAUAUUGAUUCCACUCUCCUGUUGUAUCAAAUGGAUCAUGUUUCUACAGACUUGCUGAAAACGAUAGCGGGCAGAUUGAGAAAUAAAAAAAGUAAAAUUAAAGUAGUUA